CACCGGGCAGCUGAGAUAUAUAAAGAGCCCCUUUUUAACCGCACUUGCACAUUUUUCAGUGACACUUCUGAACAUUCACACACCUCCGUGGACUAAAUUGUACUGAAGACCCACAAAACAACCAUCAUACUAAUGUGAGUGGGCUAUGCAUUCAUCAGACAGAUAAUUUGUUAACUUUCAAUCAAAGCAGCCUGUACCGAGACACACUGGAACGCACUUUUUUUUUUAUUCUUUUUUGAAAAAUUUAUUGCAAAAACUCCUGCUGCAAAAAACAGCUGCAACUUCGGGGUGAUCGUAUUGGAUUAGAUGCAUGUCACUGAUUCCCUGCCUUUUGUAGGAUAAGGCAAGAAACGGCGCACAUCCGAGAGAGGGGAUAUAACGGGAUAAAAGGAGUAAAAGGAAAGAAAACAAAAGAAAGAGUUACUUUGCCUGGCGUCCGCGCAUCGUCAUGCCGAGGUACAACUUCUUACUGUGCUUGAUGGUGCUCAUCUCCCUGGGACAGUCGGGGAGCGAUGAGCCCAAUCUGCUGCUGCCUCCUGCCAGCGAGACGCCCACGGAUGCCGGGCUGUCUCUGCUGGACGAGGACGCCGGUGCUCACGAGUGUUCCGCCUGUGUUUGGAGGGAGCAGAGCAAAGUGCUGAGACUGGAGACCAUUAAGUCUCAGAUCCUGAGCAAACUGCGUCUGAAGCAGGCGCCCAACAUCAGCCGGGAGGUGGUCAAUCAGCUGCUGCCCAAGGCGCCUCCGCUCCAGCAGCUCCUGGACCAUCACGACUUCCAGGGAGACGCGUCGUCCCAGGAUGAGUUUAUGGAGGAGGAUGAGUACCACGCCACCACGGAGUCCGUGAUCACCAUGGCCUCUGAGCCGGAGCCGCUGGUGCAGGUGAACGGGAAGCCGAGCUGCUGCUUUUUCAAGUUCAGCCCCAAACUGAUGUUCACCAAGGUGCUGAAGGCCCAGCUGUGGGUGUACCUGCGACCGCUGCAGCAGACCUCCACCGUCUACCUGCAGAUCCUCCGACUGAAGCCUGUCACAGAGCAAGGCAGCCGCCACAUCCGCAUCCGCUCCCUGAAGAUAGAGCUCAACUCCAGGAUGGGCCACUGGCAAAGUAUUGACUUUAAGCACGUGUUACAGAACUGGUUCAAACAGCCACACACCAACUGGGGAAUCGACAUCAACGCCUUUGAUGAGAGCGGCAAUGACCUGGCAGUUACCUCGCUGCGACCCGGGGAGGAGGGGCUGCCGUUCCUGGAAGUGAAGGUUCUUGAGACAACCAAACGUUCUCGGAGAAACCUCGGCCUGGACUGCGAUGAGCACUCCACCGAGUCUCGCUGCUGUCGCUACCCUCUGACUGUGGAUUUCGAGGCGUUCGGCUGGGACUGGAUCAUUGCUCCCAAACGUUACAAAGCCAACUACUGUUCCGGCCAGUGCGAGUACAUGUUCAUGCAGAAAUACCCACACACCCACCUGGUGCAGCACGCCAACCCCCGAGGCUCCGCAGGGCCCUGCUGUACCCCGACCAAGAUGUCCCCCAUUAACAUGCUCUACUUCAAUGACAAGCAGCAGAUCAUUCACGGCAAGAUCCCAGGGAUGGUGGUGGAUAGAUGUGGCUGCUCUUAGGCUGCAGGGGGGGAGACGCACACUUGUGUACAGCCACCAUUGCAUCGAACCACCCAAAACCCUUACGGAGCUCUCCCCUGGCACCAGAACCCACUCCUCGGCACCAGAUUUCACUUUUGCUCGGCCACAAAAACAUCCCACUGGGUUUCCAUUUUUCCAGUAAUUAAACGAUUCUAAGUGUAAAACAAAACAAAAAAAAGUUAUAAAUGAAAUAUGAAUCAAAAAAGGGACUGAGUGAUGGAAAUACAGUACAUUAUGAAUGAUUUAAAGAGGUUGUACUUGUGGAGCAGCUUCAGAAAACGGUAAAUGAGACAAAACUAUGUUAUAGAGUACGUGUUAGUUUUGUGGGUUUUUUAAGAUUUUUUUUGUUUGUUUCUUUGUUUGUUUGUUUUUUUUUUAAUGGUAUCUUUGUGAAAUGUCCGGGUUAGUGGAUUAAGAUGACAGGAGACAUAAGCAUUUACAAUAUUUUUAAAGCAAUUUCAGUCCUAAGGUGAGUUUGGAAAUACUCAAUUUCACAGACACGCUUACUUACCGGUGAGAUUUGAUCCACAAAAAAAGGCUUGCAAGGGGGCAUUAUCAGAAUUAUUUUGCAAUCCAUCACUUUAACAAAAAGAUCAAAAUCCAUGCUAAUGUGAGGGGAGUUUACCAGAAAAGAAAUACUCUUAAUAUAAAUCCAAAAUCUUGUUUACAGAUGUGCUCUAGAGAUGUAAAGUGUUGAAGGGAUUGAAAACCAAACCUAAACCCUCUAUUAAUGUAUAACACCCCAGUGUGACAUUCUCGACUAUCUACGAAACCUUUUCACAGUUACUUUGAUCUUUUUUAUUUGUAGUCUUGUAAAACUCAAAAAAGGAAAAGGGAGAGAAGAGGUUAUAGUAUAUUAACUCCAUCUUUCAAAGUGGAUAAAUAAAGUCAGCAUAGCUAUUUCCACUACUCCGCAAAAGUAGAUCAUACAGAGGUUUGACUUGCACACUAAAGUCUGAAACAGAACUGUAAUGUAGAUGCACUCUGAAAGCAUUCGGCACCGUCUGGGAGAGGAGGAGAAAGAGGAGGAGGAGGAGGAGGGCAGGUCCUGCAGGAUGACAAGAACCUGACAGUUUUUCUUUCUUCUGCUUAACAAAGGAAAACACACUUAAAACACCUUCCAAUUUUGCAUUAAAUGUUUAAAACAGAGAAGUAAAUGCACUGUUUUGUAACUUGAAGAGGCCUGGGACUGAGCAAGUAACACACACACAACAAACUCCACAACCUAAAAUAAAACCCUCCAGGGUGUCAGCAUGCUCCAGUGCUUCACUCUGCUGUAACCUGAGUGAAUUAUUGAGCUGAGAAUAGUACAAAGCACUGCAUUAUAAUUACAGUAUUAUGAGUAGAAGUUUACACUCCCAUUAUCAAGCCAGUUCAUUCACUGUUUCUCAAUGCUAGUUUCAGAAAAGAUAAAAUGCAAAAUCCUUUAACUGUAGUGAUGUACUCAUAAAUAAUAGCUUUUGCAAAUCACAACAAACCACAUAAUGUGCAAAAAAAAAAAUAAAUAAAUAAAAAAUAAAGAGAAUGUAACUCAACCGCUGACUUAAGUUUAGAGAGCAAAUUUGCAUUGUGAAAUGCCCCCACUCCACUUCAACCUCAGCUGCAUCAUCAUUAUCAUCGUUAUGGAGAAAAUAUUGUUAGUGCUUGAACACAGAGUAGAAUAGUAUGCUUGAAGUCUGUCUUUGUCUCCUGGAUGUCGAAACAAAGAUAUCCUUUUGUUGUAAACGAAAGCACUAUGCUGUUGGAUAAAGGAAGAGCCUUCUGACAUUAUAUAUAAAUGAUAUAUGUAUAUAUUAAAAAAAAGGGGUACAAAAACCUUUUUUGGGGCACUCUACCUUACCAACAAUAAAUUUUGCACUAUGGGACGUUCAUGGCGUGAGGAGGUAAAGUGUUGUUUGUGUUUUACCAAGCACAAGAGAGCUUGUACAGUAUAGGAAUAAAAAAAAAAAAAAACUAUUCAAGCUUCUGGUGAUAAACCAUGAACUAGAAAGGUUAUCACGUCUUUUUGAUACCAUCACGC